UGGAGACUUACCACACCAGCUCUGGGUCGGAAACCUGUGUGUCUGAUCCCAUGGAAGAGAUCUCCUGAAGCCUGCCGGGACGGAGUGGGAAGCCAGGACAGUGGGAGGCAGGUUGAGGGGACAGGAGCCCCAGGGGGGGAACCCAAGCCCAGACAACUUGACCGAUGCUGCUCUCCCACCAGGUCUAAAUUUUUGUUGCUGAUUCACAAAGAUGCUUUUCAUCUUGAACUUUCUGUUCUCCCCACUCCCAACACCAGUAGCGAUCAGCCUGAUAACAGUUGGAAUCACCUUCUUCCUGUGGCUAGUUAACAAACCUCGGCCAGCAUGGCCCCUCCUGGACCUGAACAGGCAAUCAGUGGGAGUACAGGGAGGAGCCCGGCGGGGUGCUAUGCAACACAAUAGUGAGUUGAUCAAAUACUACUAUUCUGAUGCCACAACAGUGUAUGAAAUUUUCCAAAGAGGACUCCGUGUAUCUGAUAAUGGACCCUGCUUGGGAUCCAGAAAGCCAAAUCAACCAUAUAGGUGGCUCUCUUACAAACAGGUAUCUGACAGAGCAGAGUACCUGGGUUCCUGUCUUCUCUACAAAGGACACAAGCCAUCACCAAACCAAUUUAUUGGCAUCUUUGCUCAGAACAGACCAGAGUGGAUCAUUUCAGAGCUUGCCUGCUACACCUACUCAAUGGUGGCUGUCCCCCUCUAUGAUACUCUGGGGCCCGAAGCCAUAGUGUACAUUGUGAACAAAGCCGACAUUGCCACGGUGGUCUGUGACACACCUCAGAAGGCAACAGUGCUAUUGGAUAAUGUUGAGAAGCGCCUUACUUUGGGGUUGAAGAUGAUAAUCCUCAUGGACUCCUUUGAGGAUAGCCUUAAGGAAAGAGGAGAGAAGCUUGGAAUCGAAAUCUUAUCACUCUAUGAUGCUGAGAUUCUGGGCAAAGAGAACUUCAGAAAACCUGUGCCUCCCAAACCUGAGGACCUCAGCAUUGUAUGUUUCACCAGUGGGACAACAGGUGAUCCCAAAGGAGCCAUGCUGACACACGAGAAUAUUGUUGCAGAUGCUGCCGCUUUUCUCAAAUGUGUUGAGAAUUCUUUUUACCCUACACCUGAAGAUACGACGAUAUCCUACCUUCCUCUGGCUCAUAUGUUUGAAAGAGUUGUACAGGCUGUUGUUUAUACCAGUGGUGCCAGAGUGGGAUUCUUCCAAGGAGACAUCCGGCUCUUGGCUGAUGACAUGAAAACUCUACAGCCAACUGUGUUCCCAGUGGUUCCUCGGCUUCUCAACAGGAUCUAUGAUAAGGUACACAAUGAAGCCAAGACACCAUUCAAGAAGUUUUUCUUGAAUUUGGCCAUCUCCAGGAAAUUCAGUGAAGUGAAACAAGGCAUUAUCCGGAAAGACAGCAUCUGGGACACGCUUAUAUUUAAAAAAGUCCAGGCAAAUCUGGGUGGGAAGGUACGUGUAAUGGUAACAGGAGCUGCGCCUAUCUCCUCCCCAGUCUUGGUAUUCCUCCGAGCUGCACUGGGUUGCCCGGUAUAUGAAGCUUAUGGUCAGACUGAGUGCACAGCUGGCUGUACAUUUUCAUCACCUGGGGACUGGACAACAGGUCAUGUUGGGGCUCCCUUGGCCUGUAAUGAAGUGAAGCUUGAAGACGUAGUAGACAUGAACUACUUCUCAGUGGAUGGGGAAGGAGAGAUUUGCAUCAGAGGCACCAAUGUGUUCAAAGGCUAUCUGAAGGACCCUGAGAAAACAGCGGAAGCACUUGACAAGGAUGGUUGGCUUCACACAGGAGACAUAGGCCGUUGGUUACCAAAUGGAACCCUAAAGAUCAUUGAUCGGAAGAAGAACAUCUUUAAGCUAGCCCAAGGAGAAUACAUUGCUCCAGAGAAGAUAGAAAAUGUGUAUCUCAGGAGUGGUCCAGUAUCUCAAGUGUUUGUACAUGGAGAGAGUUUACGGUCAUCCUUAGUUGGUGUGGUUAUUCCUGAUCCAGAUGUAAUUCCUAAAUUUACAGCAAAAUUUGGGGUCCAAGGUUCCCUUCAGGAUCUCUGCCUAAAUAAGGAUAUAAAGAACGCCAUUUUGGAAGACAUGCUGAAAAUUGGCAGAGAGAGUGGCCUCAAGUCUUUUGAACAAGUCAAAGACAUCUACAUUCACCCAGAAGCAUUCUCCAUUGAAAAUGGACUCUUGACACCUACACUGAAGGCAAAGCGGGCAGACAUUGCCAAAUACUUUCGGAGCCAAAUUGAUAAGCUAUAUGAAACUAUCGAGGGAUAGCUUUAGGUCAGGUUUCUGGUCAAAUCAGAGGCCACAGUUGUGUCUGAUGUUUAAAGAGCUGAGAGCACCAGCAUUCUCCAAUAAAUGCCUGGCCCUUGAAAUAUUGAUUCUCAUUGGGACACUCACUUCAAAACAUUGUCCUCCAUGUUGCUCUUUACUGCAGUAGCCUGUGACUACAUCUCUUUGCAGUGUGUUGCUGACCUGGAAGCCAUAAAGGAAAAGUAUUUUUGCAGUAAAUCAAGCAAGUAAAAACCAGUUGAACUAGGAAUGAAGAGCCACUGGCAAGUGAGAUGCUACCACAAGUGGAGACCUAGAAGAAAUGUCUUUCAUAAAGGAAAUAGCUGAUAAUAGACUAUUUAAGAUGAUACUUUAUGCAUCUCAGCUACCACCUGACUCACCAACAGCCAGAUUACACAUGUUAAUUCUUGUAAACAUGAAUCUUACAAUAAAAUGUUUUAAGUUUUUAAUGUUUGAA